AUGAUUAUCAAAGAAUAGUAAGUCCUUAAUUGUUAUAUUAGCUUGAUUUUUAGUCGGAUCGUACUGCCCAUGUCAGUAGAAGAAUACCAAGUUGGGCAACUGUUUUCGGUGGCUGAAGCAUCGAGAAAUGAGACUGGAGGGGGUGAGGGAGUGGAGAUCUUGAAGAAUGAACCUUUUGAAAACUUUCCGCUUUUUCAUGGAAAGUUCGAUAAUGGUCAGUAUACUCACAAGAUCUACCAUUUACAAUCGUAAGUUAUCUUGAUAGGUUUCUGUUAUUGUCGCAGUAUUUUUUACGUCUACAUCAAAAAACACCUUUAGGAAGGUGCCGCCGUUUAUACGUAAAAUCGCGCCGAAAGGAUCUCUCGCCAUUCAUGAAAAGGCUUGGAACGCAUAUCCGUAUUGUAGGACUGAACUUAGUGUAAGUUUACGAGAAAUAUGUUUUGGCGAUGAGGUUGUUGCUGAUUUACGGUUGUUUCAGAACCCCGAUUACAUGGGUGAUAACUUCUUUGUUCGGAUUGAGACCAUGCACUUGAAUGAUCGAGGGCAGAACGUAAAUGUAAGCCCAUUUCGACUUGCUUUUUAUGCUUUUAGGCUCAUCAACUUAAACCUGAAGUCCUGGCGAAAAGAGAUCUGAUAGAUAUCAACAUUGCCAACGACCAUGAAUUUUUGACUCCCGCAGACGUCAAGCCAGAGACCUCGCCUUCCAAAUUCAUCUCCGAAAAAACCGGGCGAGGUGAACUUGAUGUUGAAACAUGGCGGGAGACCGUAGAACCCGUUAUGUGUGCUUACAAAUUGGUCACAGUGCAUUUCAAGUGGUUUGGACUACAAAACAUAGUAGAAAACUUUGCACACAAGGUAAAACUUGCCUCCUUUCAUUAUAGUACUUUGUUUCAGCAAUAUCCUCGAUUGUUCUCCAAGUUCCAUCGCGAAGUAUUCUGCUGGAUUGAUCGAUGGUACGGCCUCACAAUGGCUGACAUCCGUGAACUGGAAAUGUUGGCGCAAAAAGAGCUUGAUGAGGUAAAGUACUGCAAAAUUUGCUUAUGUUUGUGUUUAGGCUCGCAGAACGGGUCACGUCCGUGGAAUGACGGCCUAA